GAGGGGUGGGAAACAAUCUGGAGAAGCGAAGAGGGGUGCAGUGACUCUAAGAAAAGAUAACUGCAGUUUCAGAGGACAAAGGACAAGAGUGAGACAGUGGAAAAGGACAAAACAGGAUUGAAUCCAGCAAGAUUUGGCUGCAUUUCACUCACGUUUGAGAGAACCCGAUUGUUUACUAUUGCACUGAAAAACCAGUAGCUUUUCUCACAGUAAGGAGAAGUGAACUGAUUGGUGUGGUACCUGAAAGGACAGGAAGUGAUGGGAAAGUUGAGGACCCCAAGCUGAGACCCCAAGCUGUCUGACAGAGUCAUGAGAGUGGCAGCUGAUCUGCCCAGGUCACAUCAGAGAAUGAGGGGUCACAGAGACUGGGUCUCUGCAGGGUCUCUCCGGCAGAGAAAGCAAUGUACUCAGAAUGCCAGUUGCUAAUAACAUGACUGGUGGGCAGGCUCUGCAGCUCUGCACAAACACUGUCAGCUGUGCUUACCAAUCAUUUGACGGGAUCCGGUGCCGUGGGUUCAAAGUCCAAAAAGUUGCAUCUGCGCCCCCCCAGAGGCCAGGCUACAGCUGGGACAGUCACGUUAAGUCCCCCCUCUCCUCACUGGACAACCUAGAGUAUCCCAGAAUGCCUGCCCGUAAGAGGGCGCCCAAAACAAAUGAGCUGGUAGGAGACCUUGCCCCCCAAAGCCAAACAGGGGUCAAGAUCAGAGACAGCAUCCGGGAGAAAAUAUCCCAGUGGGAGAGCAAGAACGAGGCUGCCUUCGCAUCCCCAGCACUGACCGUGAAAGUACCAGAGGCUGCGGGGGACGUGGAUUGCAAAACCUCAGAGGAACCAAAGGGACAAGACAAGAGGGUCGCCAUCUGGGAGCAACAAGAAUCUGGGAAGGAGAACGCAGGAAGGCUGGGGGGUUCAAGGCCCAGAUCCCAUGAGGCAGCUGGGGGAAGCAGGGAGCAGAUGUCGGGGAAGCAGAACCAUGGGAAAGCGGUGAAUGCUUUGCAAGAGAAGUCAGUCCUAACUCACGUCAAGAAGCUGGAGCAGGAUCUGAAGGAGGGGCCAGGUGACCCCCCCGCAACUCGACCAGAAAGCUACUUCUGCCUUCCCCAUAAGGAGGAGCUGGAGCAGGCUGGCAGGGAGGAACAGGAGCCCAUAUUCGGGUCUCUCAAUGGCACGAGAUCCAAGAGCUCCCUCUGGGGUCACAGGGGGAACCUGGAAGGCAAGGCCAAAGAGAUGGCCAUCAACCCUGUCCCCAAACCCCAGCGCACCUUCCAGUACCCCGUGCCUGCGGGGGGCUCUCACCCAGCUUUGUGCAAGGAAAAAGCACAGAGGAACCUCCCACCACUGCCCUCCGCAGCCCCUCCCUCUCUGGGGGUGAACCUAAGGCCCCAGCAAGGAGGAACAGGGAAAGCUACCCACAGGAAGUCAAAAGAGUUUGAAGAUGUUUUAUGGUGCUCUCCCCGAGAUGGCAGGGUGGAAUGGUAUGCCCAAGCAAAGCUGUCCCUCACUCACACCCAGUCAGAGGAGAACAUCUACGAGGACAUCCUAGACCUCCCUUCAAAGGAGCACCAGUAUGAAGACAUCCAACUGGAUGCAGGUUGCCUUGGAAACGGAAGCUUCCGGCCCCUAUCACCCCCAUCCCCUGCCCCAUGCAACCCCACACCGGUGUCCUCCAGGCGGGGACUCGUAAGGCAGAAUACGGAUGGCCAUAGCCACUGUCUUCAGGACCUGCAUGGACCCAGUCCCCCGUCCACCCCCAGCAGCCCAGACGACACCCCCCAUCUCUCUGGGAACCCCUACAACCGCAGGCAGAGGAAAAUCUCCAAGCUAGUGAUCAAGAUCAACAGCAUCUUCGAGGCACGAAGGGGCAAGAAUCGUAUGAAGAGGAUCUCUCCAUCCACAGAAUCCAGCUCUGGCAGAGAUGAGAACAGUGAAUCAGAGACCGACACGGACGACAGACAAAAAGCCGACAGCCAGCGGCUGAUGUCGGUCCAGGCUGUGCUGAGGCAGAUGGGACGGAGCCGCCUCCUGGAUCGGGAUGCACUGGACUUGAAUGAGAGGAAGCUAUUUGAGUACUUCUUGGUGGUAGCACUGCAAAAAGCCAAGAGCGGGGCUACAUAUGUGCCUGUCGUCAUACAGCAGUUCCCCCUCAAGCUCGAGAGGAGCUUCAAAUUCAUGCGGGAGACAGAAGAUCAAGUAAAGGUCAUUCCCCAGUUCUGCUUCCCAGAUGCCAAGGACUGGAUACCUGUCGAGAGUUUCCCCAGCGAAACCUUCUCAUUUGUCUUGACCGGCGAAGACGGCAGCAGACGGUUUGGUUACUGCCGCCGCUUACUGCCCAGUGGGAAGGGAAGGCGUCUGCCUGAGGUUUACUGUAUGGUGAGCCAGCUGGGCUGCUUCGACCUCUUCUCUAAGAUUCUGGACGAGGUCGAGAAGAGAAGGGCUCUCUCACCUGCUCUGGUGCUUCCUCUCAUGAGGGGCAUCCUGGAGGCCCCAUUCCCAGCCCCGGGCCGGACCAUCCCCGUCAAGAGCUUCCUGCCAGGCUCCGGCACCGAGGUGAUGGAGCUGCGUCGGCCAGCGGACUCCCGCCUGGAGCAUGUGGACUUCGAGUGCCUCUUCUCCUGCCUGAGUGUGCGCCUCCUCCUCCAGGUCUUUGCCUCCCUGCUCCUAGAGCGCAGGGUCAUCUUCACCGCCGCCAGGCUCAGCACACUGUCCCAGUGCUGCCACGCUGCCGUUGCCCUGCUCUACCCUUUCACCUGGCAGCACACCCACAUCCCAGUGCUACCACCCGCCAUGAUGGACAUUGUCUGCACACCCACCCCCUUCAUUGUGGGUCUGCUGUCCCGCUCACUGCCUCAGCUAAAGGAGUUACCCCUCGAGGAGGUCCUCCUGGUCAAUCUGGACAGCGGCCGCUUUCUGCGACAGCUGGGUGACGAGGACUGCAUCCUUCCCCACAAGCUGCAGGCUGCGCUGGAGCACAUCCUGGGGAGGAGGACAGAACUGGCUUGCGAGAGCUCUGAGCUCCCCAGCGACUCCAACUCCCUCAGCAUUGUUGUCUCUGAAACUUUUGUGCGCUUCUUUGUGGAGAUGGUGGGCCAUUACCCACUCUUCAUGGGCAACACAGAGCGGGAAGAGGAUUCCUCUUCCUCCUCAUCCUCCCCCACACCCUACUGCCUGCAGCGCAAAGCCUUCCGCAAGGCCAUCUACUCUAGGAGCCUGCGCCGCUUUCUGGACGUCUUUAUGGAGACACAAAUGUUCUCAGGCUUUAUCCAGGAGAGAGAGCAGCGAAAACAUGGGUUAAAAGGUCUGUUUGAAACAAGAGUUCAGGAAUACCUGGAUUCCCUUCCUUGGAUUGAGCAUUGUGGCGUCAACAGAUUUCUCAAAGGUCUAGGUCAUAAAAUGAAACUUCUUUCCAGAAAAUGAGGCUCAACCAAGGAGCCACUUUCUAGACUGAACGGGAACGGCAUCCUAAAGUCCUCUGGAUGAAGGCUGACCCUCUCAAUGAGACACUUGUCUUUAUGAAAAUUGUGGUACAAAUGUGGUUAAACCUGAAAAUCACCUCCAUCUACUGCCCAUACGGCGUCUCCACUGUCAACCCCAACAAUGAGGACUAAUGUGGGUGGAGUCUUCUUUUUUUAAUGAGAUUUAUCAUUGAUUUGAUUUUGGACAUUUUGCAGUGCAUUUUUAAAAUACAUUGGUGUCUUUUUAAAAAUUGUUAGUGUACAGUUUUCAGUGGGAUUUAACAUAGGACAGCUUGUUUUUUUCAGCAGAUUUAAUUUAUAUUCCAAUUUUUUUUCUUCACUUAAAAUGAAGUCCCCAGCAAGUGAUCCGUUUAUCAGUUAAAUGCAAUGCAAAUCCCACUCUGGGUCACAGGAUUAGGGUUUCAGUAAGCUCUGAAUGUUUAAGGUAAAAAGUAUAUUAUAUGGAAGGAAAAGGUGUCAGGGGAGGGAAAUUAUUGUGAUAAUCCUUGCGUGAGAGAACUGAAGGUUGUCAGGUAAACAUGAGGACACUAUAACUAAACCGAAACAACAGAGAUGGUGCCUAAAUGUUGGGAAAAGACUAAAUGCAGGAAAUUUGCUUUGUUUAAUUGAUUUCUAAACAUACUGUGAGAAUCAAUUAAAUAAUGUUGAACAAAA